AUGAUUACAGCGGUAAUUGGUUCAACGACAAAAAAUCCAUACCUGCAAUAUAUGUCAUUUGUAUUAGCCGCUGGUGUCGCCAUUUUACUUACCUUUGCACUGCUCUUUUUCUCCGUAUUCCUCUAUGUUGCGGGACGCCGUGAAACCAAAGGUGUCAAGUGGUACCAGUGUUUUCGUUCCGGUGAUACACAUUUUGCCCCUCGAACAAUUAAUGAAUUCAGUGAUCGAAGCAUUGGAAUGCUUCAUGAAAAGCUCAUUGAUACAAAGCCAUCAUUUUCGAGAGCGACCGCUGCUGCAAUGGCUAAUUCAUAUUUACGAUGUCCAGUUGCAUUCAUUUUUGCAAUCUAUUUGGUACUUGCUAUUUGGGGAUGCAAAGAUGUUCGAAUAGAUUUGAAAGAGGAGUAUUUUCUAUCAAAAGAAAGUGAAUCACGAAUAUUUAUCGAAAAUUAUCGUAUUGAAUUUGGACAAUAUGAAGAUUUUCUUGAAUUGGUAUUCGAUGAACCAAUUGAUUAUCUCGAUCCGCAUCGAAAGGAAGAAAUUCUUGCAAUUCUAGAAUGGCCUAUC